CCGGUUACACCCACCGGAAACUGGCUCUGCGGCGCCAGCAGAACUCGGUGGGAGCUGGAAAGGGCUGUGUUAGAGGGUCUCUUGUGUGCUUUAACCGUUAAUACUGAGUGAUUGUCGGUUUCCACGCGUGGGCAGUGAAUGUGAUAUCAGCUCUGCGAUGGCGCCAUAACAAAGCGGCAGAUCACUGGGCCGUGGGGUUUUUGAGAGAGAGCAGCGGGUGCGCCCGUGGGAGGAGGAGGAGGAGGAGGAGGAGGAGAAGGAGAGGAAGACCCAAGCUCAUCUCGACCACGAUUGACCAGAAACCCCGGUCAAGACACAUGGCUCCACCAUGCGGCGCUGCGCUUCGCUAGCGCUUCCUUCAGCACCUGACCGGCGGCUGCGGCACAAGCGGCCAGUCCUCCGUGUGGCGUGACGGGGCACGAUCGGGCCUGUACCCAUCCGGAGCUCGGGGGGUCUGGAGGUGUGGAGGUCUGGAGAUCCUCCCUCCCACCACAACCUCCACCUCCGUCGCUUUCCCCCCCCCCAGAACCCGCGAAGAAACGCCGCAUUCCCUCCGACGUGCGCGGGGAUGCGAGCCGUGUCCCCGCGCGCCCCCCUCUCUGGAUGAGCGAGACGUGCCGCGCAGUAUUGGCCGCGUGCGCUGACGGGGGCGUCCGUCUCUGCCCAUCUCUGUUUCUGUUGUUCGCGUUUGUAUGGGACUGUCGACUCGGGGGGUGGGCUCUGCCAGCCGAUCCGCCGCCCGCCGCCCGCCACGGUCCCCUUUCGCUUUCAGUCCGCAGCUGUCAGCAAAAAUGUGGAGGUGGGGGCGGCUGCGGCUGCGACUGCAGCGCGCGACGAGCCGCUCCCUGCUGGCCUUCAUCUUCCUCUUCUCCAUGUGCACCUCGUGCCUCUACUUCAUCUACGUGGCCCCGGGAAUAGCCAACACCUACUUCUUCAUGGUGCAGGCACAGGGCAUAAUGCUGAGGGACAACGUUCGAACAAUCGGACAUAUGAUCAGGCUGUACACCAACAAGAACACUACCUUGAACGGCACAGAUUACCCCGAUGGCAGCAACUCCAGCGAGUAUAUUGCUCAGCCAACAACGUACCUUCCGGAUAACUUCACCUACGCCCCAAAUCUGCCAUGCCCUGAAAAGUUACCCUCUAUGAAUGGCCCUAUUGAUGUUAACAUGAGUGAAAUCCUGAUGGAAGACAUUGAGUUGAAGUUUUCAAAACACAUGGAUAUUCAGUUCGGAGGGCACUGGAAGCCAAAAGACUGCAAACCACGUUGGAAGGUGGCAAUUCUUAUUCCCUUCAGGAACCGCCACGAACAUCUGCCAAUUCUGUUCAAGCAUCUUCUUCCAUUGCUGCAGAGACAACGUUUACAGUUUGGUUUCUAUGUCAUUGAGCAGACAGGCACCCAGCCCUUCAACCGUGCCAUGCUCUUCAAUGUCGGCUUCAAAGAGGCCCUCAGGGACCUUGAUUGGGACUGUGUCAUUUUCCAUGACGUUGACCACAUCCCAGAGAAUGACCGCAACUACUAUGGCUGCGGGAACAUGCCUCGCCACUUUGCUGCAAAACUCGACAAGUACAUGUACAUCCUUCCCUACAGUGAAUUCUUUGGAGGCGUGAGUGGGCUCACUGUGGAGCAGUUCCGGAAGAUCAACGGGUUCCCCAAUGCAUUCUGGGGCUGGGGCGGGGAGGACGAUGACCUUUGGAACAGAGUUCACUAUGCAGGUUUCAAUGUAUCCAGGCCAGAAGGGGAUAUUGGGAAGUACAAGUCCAUUCCGCAUCACCAUCGAGGAGAAGUGCAGUUCCUGGGAAGGUACAAGCUGCUGAGGUACUCCAAAGAGAGGCAACACCUUGAUGGUUUGAACAACUUGAACUACAGCCCUGAAAUCACUUUGAGUAGCUUAUAUAAAAAUAUUUCCGUGAACCUCACUCCAGAGCUGGCUCCAAUCUCUGACUAUUGAAAGUGUUUGUUGGCUGUAUCUGUGAAGGGACUUUUGGAAAAGGUGCUUAACGGUCUGAGCUGGGAGCCUGUGCCUGUAGGGUAAUAUUGCCAAGCCACCUUAUUUUUAUGAAGGGUUUUACCAUGGGGUUUGGGGCCUGUGUAAUCACAGUUGCGCACGUGUGUGUGCGUGUGUGUGUGUGUGUGUGUGUGUGUGUGUGCGUGUGCGUGUGCGCGCUCAUAUUGUUCAGUGUUUCCAGUCUCCAGGUUGGCUCAAGCCACAAAAUAUACAUUUCAUUUUGAAGGAAUGUGUUACCAUAAACACGUCUUAUUUUUAUGGCACAGCCUUAAGGAAUCCAUAUAGCUUGUCACUCUUUUUUGAGAAGUCCCAUUGAUAGAAUGCAUACCGUUGCCAUAGAGACCAACAGAUUUGCUUUUGGAGAUUUUUUUUUUUUUUUU